CUUGGCUAUCAGACCCGUCUCUUCGUCCAGAAUUAAAUUAUUUAUUCGAUGUUCUUGAAGAUCUCUACUUUCAUUUCAGAAGACUCAAAUAGAGGUCUAAAUCCGAAAGAUACUAUAGUAGACACGUCUAAAUUUGCUGAGGCUGUUGGACCUUAUCUUCCUUUGAUAACAGCAGUAGCUUCACUUACACAACAAAUCGUAAAAGCAUAUGAAAGUGCUCAAUAUAAUAAGAAAUCAUGCGCGGCAUUGCUUGAAAGAGUACAAGCAGCUGAAGUAGCUGUUCAAGCAUUAAAUCAGCCUAGACAAGAAAAUGAAAAAAAUUUUCGCAAUCAAUCAUAUUAUUAUAACUUUGAAAGAUUUAUCGUUCAUGUUAAAGAGAGAUUUCAACAAUUAAUUACAGAUUUUGAUAGUGUUGUAGCAGAUUUACGACUGGCAAUGGUAAUUGCUAAUGAAGACGAAAGACAGUCGGAUAUUGCUAUGUUACAAGAAGAUAUUGACGAAAUGACCAAAUUUUUAGAAAAAAUUGAAGGUGGCGUGACAACAAUUGAUAAAAAGAUUAGUAAUGUUCUCGAACACAUCUCAACUUCAAUAAGCAAAUCAUUUGAAAAAGGUUUCAACCCUAUUAUCAAUAAAAUUGAUCCAAAUGAGUUAAAAGAACCUGUUGGUGGUAGUCAACCAGUUGUAUCAUCACGUAACAAGCAUAAGAUACAUAAAAAACUUUAUAGAGGACAAGAUGCGGCAUGUAAACUUAUUGCCGAGGAACAAAAUAAAUCUGCUGACAAAUCAUCAGAAACAGUUUCACCAAUUUUAAAUAGGGUUUAUGCUGAAUCGGCAAUUUUGAGUAAUUUAGGGAAAUGUGAUUACAUUAUUAAUUUUCAUGGAUUAUGUGAAAAGGAUGGAAGCGUUUUUGGUGUUUUUGGAUGGGCAGAGAAUGGAAAUUUGAGAGAACUAUAUGGGAGAUAUGAAAUUGAAUGGCCUCGAAAAUUAAAAAUUGCAUUAAACAUUUGUCGUGGGAUUACUUUUCUUCACGGAUGUCAAAUUUUACAUCAUGAUAUUAGAUGUGAAAAUAUAUUGAUAACCGAAAAUCUGGAACCAAAAAUUUCGAAUUUCAAGUAUAGUCGUGCUAUACAAGCAAAUACUACCAACAUUGGGAAUAUUACACAAAUCGUUCGUUGGUUAGCACCUGAGAAAAUGAAUUCAAAGAAAAUACAGACAGAAAUUGCAGCCGCUGUUUCAGCAGCACAACAGGCACCGAAAAAAGAUGAAGCUUUUCAAAGAUUUCCAUACAAAGAUAUGGAAAUUUCUGAAAUUCAAAAACAUGUAUUAAAUGGUAAAAGAGAACAUUUAAAUUUUCCUUUAAGUUCAUUUGGAGUUGAGAAAGAAUAUGGCAACAUUAUUAAAGCUGCCUGGCAAUCGGAUCCAUCUCUUCGUCCAGAAUUAAAUUAUUUAUUCAAUGAUCUCGAAAAUUUGA